AUGUCAUACCGUGGUCAUAAUCAAUUCAACGAUCAAUUCAAUAGAGGUCCUGCUGGUGGCGUACCACCUCAAGGUGGAGUUCCCCCUCCCAAUAAUAUAGGUCCUGUAUCAUCAUCAAAAUCUCCUUUGGAUCAAUUUGAAGAUUUUACUAAAAAAGUGGAAGAUUUAAUAGAUGAACAUUUCAAACCUUUAAAACCUUAUGUUCCUGCUAUAGGUAGAGCCUUUCUUGUGGCUACAUUUUUUGAAGAUUCUUUAAGAAUUAUAACUCAAUGGGCUGAACAAGUUUAUUAUUUACAUAAUUAUAGAAAAAUUUGGAGAUGGCUUACCGUAUUGUUUUUAGUAUUAAAUAUCAUUACUAUGGUUACAGCUUCAAGUUUAUUAAUUUUAAGAAAAUUACAAACUAUUUCAACUAGUGCUUUAAUUGGUGUGGUUGUAUUUCAAGGUCUUGCUUAUGGUUUAAUAUUUGAAGGUAAAUUUAUUUUAAGAAAUCUUUCUGUGGUUGGUGGUUUAAUUCUUGCCUUUUCCGAUUCAAUUGUUAGAGAUAAAAGAAGUUUAAAUAUGCCAGGUUUACCAAUGAUUAAUAAUCAAGAUAAUAAGAAAUAUUUUCUUUUAGCAGGUAGACUUCUUUUAAUCUUUUUAUUUUUAGGUUUCGUAUUUUCAUCAACUUGGUCAAUUACAAGAUUAUUUGUCAUUUUAAUUGGGUUAAUUUCUUGUGGUUCAAUCAUUGUCGGUUAUAAGACUAAAUUUGCUGCUGCUAUCUUAACUCUUCUUUUAUUUACUUAUAAUGUCUUUGCUAAUCAAUUUUGGAAAUAUGGUCCUCAUGAUUCAACUCGUGAUUUCUUAAAAUAUGAAUUCUUUCAAACUUUAUCAAUUGUGGGUGGAUUAUUGAUUAUUGUUAAUGCUGGUGCUGGAGAAUUUUCCAUUGAUGAAAAGAAGAAGAUUUAUUAA